GCACCAGAAAAACAAGACACUUCCGGUUCGGGAAAUUUUAUUUUGCGGAAAGGACUCAUUUUAUCGCUUUCUUCCUGGAUAUUCCGUUUCUGACGCUUUUAUGCUUUUUAUUGGCAAACUAUUACACGUUUGAGACUAAUUAGACCCUCCCGCAUGGUUCGUGAGGAAAACAAGGCUUAUUUAUGCACGAAAUGACGCAUAUAUUACGGUAGGUCCCGUGGGACAGUUUGAGGUCGCCUGAUCGAUCCUUCUUCCUCCGAACGUCAGUUCGCGUCAUCGGGCGUCACAAGAUCUGCGGCGCCUCCACAAGACAACCCGCAGCGGAAAAUUGUGCUCCAGAUUUGGGUUUAGCCGUAAAGCCUCACCAUGGUGCCAGCAUGCGCUACAAUGCCAGGGAGUUAAUGCACAUAGCGUCAGAGAAACCGUCUUACUUAUUCGACAAAGAGGGGGUGCUGGUUUUCAGGGAAAGGGAGCACUUCUGGAAAAACAAAGCAGUUAAUGUAGAAAGAUGGUGUCGACUGAAGGGCAACUUGCUGUUUUACAUGAAAAGCAAAAACAAGUUUUCCAGUCCGCUCGGUGUGUUUGUCCUUGAGAGGUGCACCAUCAGCAGCAGUACCUUCCCAAAUCCUGAGCUGUCCCUGAAAAUACAGUUUGAGUUGGACCCCCAAGUGCAAUACCUGACCACCCUUUCCCAGGAGGAGCGUGACGCGUGGCUCGCAGCCCUGCAGAACUCAAGCAUCGAGGCCCUGCGGGGCCGCUUCGAGUCCCUCCGAGGGACCAUCAUGGCCAAGACGGGGCAGGACCCUGUCCCAGGGCCGGAACCCCCGGGCCUGCUCAAUGUGAAUGAGCCAGCAGAAAGGUUAGGAAUCCAUCUGCACCCAGAUGAACCUAUAUUGGAGCUGUCGUUAGCAUGCAGUGAGCUGAUCACACCACGUGACGACCGGCGACCGAACAGCUACGUCCAGGUCAGCUACGUCACGCCGCCGGGAGGGUUCUGGACCAAACACUCGCAAACGGAAAUCAUCGAAGCGACCAGCACACCGCUCUUCAUGACGACCGUUGUCUUCACCGCGGGAUCCCGCCUCACGGUCAACACACGGGUAAAGCUCUCAGUCUGGGACGUUAAGGAUCGAGCGACGUCCACCAUGUACGAGAUAGGUAGCGCAAUGUUUCCAGUGAAGGACAUUAUGCAUGCCGACGACCACCGUCUGCAUUUACCGCUGAAAUCCUCAGAAGGUAACACAGUUGGCUACAUCACUAUCCUAUCCUGGGAACUGUCAGAUAAAACACCCAUGCCGAUAUCCCGGUCUCCUUCUCCAUCCAACAAGAGAGUGCUCGCUGUUGAUGAGUCCUUAUUUGAGCCGGUGUCCUCCAAUGCCAAGUACUGUUCUCUCAGUAGAGAUGUAGUAUUGAAGGCCCUAUACGAGAGUACUACCACCAAGACCUACCGAUUUCCUACCACAGCUGGCUCAACGUUAAGUGUUCAGGAGUUUAUGGCUGAGACCAAGCUUUCUUUUCACAUUCCCAUCCAGCUUCUCAAAAUACUGAUUGAUGAAGAGAAACAGCAAGUAGUUGAACUUGAAGACUUGGGAAAGCUGACCCCUCACUGGGAGCAGGUACGGAAGAGCCUACUAGACCACCAUCUCCACCUGGUGCACGAGUACACCGAGGCUCUGCAUGGACUACAGACAUACAGGGGCCCUGCCUUCAAAGCCAGCUGUCUGAAGGAGGACAAGCGGUUUGAGUUUGUGCCACUAAAUCUUCACCUGCAGAGGAUGAGGGUUCAGCUAUUAGAAGAAGAAAUAGCGUCUGCCACACUGUCCCAUAAUACAGGGGAAAGCACGGACCUACAUAAUGUGUAUGACAUAGUGACAGUAGGGGCCAUGGCGGCCCACACACUGGGGUUCAAGCAAGGGGGACUGAAGAAACUCUUGUCUUCACACGAGGAUGUGUACAGCCCUAAAGGGUCAGGGACCAGCUGCAGUCCUGGCCAGAGCCACUCGGCCAAGGCUCGAGACCUGCUGUCCAGUAUCCAGGCCCUGAAGACACAGAUCAUGUACUACAGCGAGAGCCUGAUGAGAUCGGCUAAGGAUCUGGCACCAGGAGACAUGAGACGGGCGCUGGACAGUCUGACUGACAAGACCCGACAGCUGGUAACAGUGUGUGAGGACAGGCUACUAGACUACGCCAUCCACUCCCUGAAGGCUGCGCGCCCUGACUACAUCGCCACCACGCCUAACGACGAGGGAGACUCGGUCACGAUCACCACUGGGACUGAGGAUGACCCGACUGCCAAGUGGACUUGGGAGGGGGACAGUUUCAAACCAAAAUCAUCUCAGUCUUCUUGGGAGGAUACUCUGAUGAAUGUGGACAAGAGUUUGGACUGUAUCAUCAAGAAAGUGGACCAGAUGACUCAACAGGAGCCUCCUGCUAACCUCAUCAACAGGACGCCAAAAAAGGGCAGGAAAACAUCAGAAUGGAGUGAGGCCCUGUAUCCCCUACAGCAGACCCUGACCCAGUGUGUCAGCUUACUGACAGAGAAAGUACAGCAGAGUCUCACCUUUCUACUACUGCAGGAUACAAAUCUUGAUUGCUGGCUUGAGACCCCAGAGAAGAAAAGAGUCAGUGUUUCCCAAAUGGACCAGUCUAAACCUUCUCAAUCUGAAGAAGCCACUCCAGAAAUGGAGACCAGCUGUGUGUCCUCUCGGCUUCAGGAGCUGCAGAACCGACGAGACAUUGUUUUCUCCCAAGCACUGUCUGCAGUUGUGGCUGGUUUCAUCACAAAACUGAGAACAUCUCUGAAUGAUGAGAACUUCCUGCGCCAGCUGUACCUGGUGGGCCUGCUGGUGCACUAUGAAAGCCUGCUGUCACCUCAUGCUGAUGAGUUAGGAAUGCUGGAGGACAUGGUUGUUGGGAUCAACGACCUUCGCAAUGUCACGUUCAAGAUCGUCCCAGCCUCAUCAACUUCCACUCACGAUCUCCUACCGGUUCUCACAGGCACAAGAACGGGGAUCAACGUGCGUAUCCCGCUGCCCCCUGGCUUGUACGGCCUGCUGCCUGCGGAGAUCAGAAGUGGGAUGCUGCUGAGAAUACAGCCCGUCCUCUUCACUGUGGGCAUCAAUGAGAAAGCCACGCUGGCUGAGAAAUUUGGGAACACCUCUCUUCAGGAGAUAGUGAACAUUGAGAACUUCAGUCGGUUGAACUCAUACUAUGAGCAGUACAUGGAGAUGAUGCCAGCACCUGCUGAUGUUGACCAGCCCCACCAGACCAGACUGGCAGGUCUGCUGCAGUUUCUACAGAACAACGUGCACAUCCGCAAGAGCAAGAAUGUGGAGAUACUUCAACAGAGCGCUGAGAUCUGCAGACGUCUGAACGGGGUCCGAGUGACGGGCUGUAAGAGUGCGAAGGACAGGACAGCCAUGUCCGUCACCCUGGAGCAGUGCACAGUCCUGCAGUUAGAGCACAUGAUGGCGCCACAGAUAUUCACCAACGCACUGGACUGUAUGCGAAGUGAAGGCUGUCGUCGUGAGAACACGAUGAAGAACAUCGGAUCCCGCAAGUACGCUUUCCACUCCUUACAGCUUAUGGCCUUCCCCAAGAAUUACCGACCCCCCGAGGGGACCUAUGGAAACGUGCAGACAUAGUGCACGCAGGGCACUGUGGGGUGGUAUGCCAUGGAGAACAAAGUUAGCCUAGUAGCUAUGAAAAAAAUCAAUCAAAAAUACCCUGAAAAUGCAAUUAUGAACUUCUUACUACAUGCAAUGUAAAGUCCAUACAUGUUGUACACUAGCUAUAACAUUAUACAGAUUAAAAGGUAACGUUCACUUCAUCAUCAGGCUAACAUUUGUCUACAUUAUGUCAUAUUUCACAUGUCUGUAACAAAGAUCAUUAAGCUUAGGGUUGGGCUUCAGCAUCUCAAACUAUUACUACUGACGCUACAGCUAAUGAUUACCCAAGAAUGAAGGAGACAGGUUGUAAACAUCCACUAGCUGUGGGGCCAUUUGAAUCCAAAAGAAUUCAACAGAAUGGGUAAUACCAUAGGUAAAAAAAAAUUAAAGUAGAAACUCUUGGUUCAUCCUGUUGGAGAAGAGGUAUCUUACAUGUAGGUUAAAUACCAACGAAGCUACUACACGCAUUGCUUUAUUACAGACCAUUUGUACAGGUUGAAUACACCCAGCUUGCAAGUUGGACUGUUGAGUAUAUGGAUCCGUUGUUGACAGUUUUAACCUUGAAUUUAGUAUAGCUGUCCUUACACCCAAAGAGAAAAUACUAGUAUACAAUCACUGCUUCUCAUGUCGUCAUUAAUGAUCAUUAAAAGGAAACAUUCUGAAGUAGGAUUCAUCAUGUGACAAUGUUGUAAACCAUCAUUAUGUCAGGCACAUGUAGACUAACUCUCAUGACAUGUGUAACAUUGUUAUCACAUCUUGUCUAAACAUUCACCAGAUAGUACUAUAAUGUACAAAUAACAAUCAUACUCAUACGGUAGUAGAUAUACAUGUAUAGCAAGCAUGGACAGACACAGUACUUUAGAAAUCUAGUAUUAGCAAAUAAGAAACCUCAAAAUCAAGAGUUCAUAAUGCCAAUAAAUGUGUAGUUAGCAUAAUGUAGAAUAAGAUCCAUGUAUAGGCUUAUCUAAGAGCUUUUGUAUACAUGUAUGUGAUGUAAAACUGUGUACAGUGUGUAUAACCUAGCGGAAGUCGAGCAUUGGGGCAAUAUUGUUGAAAACUGCAUGGAAUUGCACCACUUUGCAUCUUUCCAUUGCAUGUUUUGGACCUUGCUUUGAUUAGGACUGUUUUUAUUACAGUUUCUUGAAACAUUCAACGUGAAUUUAGAUUAGAAUCAAAAUUAAGUAUUCUACACUCCUUUUUGUUUUCAAAUGAAAUAUAUCUUACAAAAAAAGUAUGAUUCAUCUGUCCUAGUCCAGACAGGGUCCUUAGAAUUCAUCCUUAGAUGAACAGCUUAAUUGUAAGAUAAUAUUUUAGACUGUGGAAAUUGCCGUGUUGUGAGUUGAAAGCGAGCUGUUCCUUGUGUCUGUGUUGGUGAGGCUGUGUCCUUCUCCAUCCACAGUGUGGUUUCCGUGACGAUGGCACUAGAGCAUCCCAGAGACGCCUUACACACGUGUGUUCGGUCCCUCCUCUGGUACUACUUGCAUUCCUUUGUAUAGCCAUGGUGAGUUUAUCAGGUAUAGCAUAGAACAAAGAAACAAAAAUUGAGUUAUCACGUACAAUAAAUAUUGUAACUAUUUCUUAUACAUUUACCUCCCAUUUGGAGUGUUAUAAAAUCAUUUUUACCCGACAAUGCCUUAAGUUAUCAAUUUGUCUUUUAGCACAAAUUCAGUUUUUAUAAUAAGGGUUUUUAUUUUUGUUACUUUCUACUUUUGGGGGAUUUGUUAUGCUUUUAAUUAUGCAGUGUCAUUUUUAGUUAAUUCAAGACAGUUGUGUGCAUGAAAGGGCUUGUGACAAUGUGAUGUUUACUGACUGUACAGUUGCAAUACAUGUAAUAGCAAUCAUUACAGACAUGAUAGACACAGUGUAAUUGAGCUCUGGUCUCUGAAAAGGUGGAUCCUUUACCAUUGGAUGUGUAUUCCUAGUUGCAAAAGAAUAGAAUAUGAUGUGAAAAUGCUGGGACCAUGUAACUUUUUAUCAUUGGUACAUGUACAAAAAAUGCCAUGACUUGUUAUAUUGUUUGUGUCAUCUAUAAUUGUUGAAGCAUUUGAGCAAUUAAGUCCAAUGCCAGGCAAUCAAAUUUGUGCUAUUUUAAUUGCAUGAUAUUGUACUUGGAAAAAACAGGAGACAUUUGUAUUGUAGCACAUAUUCAUACGAAGAAGGAUCUGAGCAAUUUUAGGAGCUGAAAUUUUGGCUUCACCUUAUGGGCAGAGGCUUUUUGUAACGAGACUACUGGUAGAUUACUGAGAAAUGCAGCAAAGCAGGUCGGGUGGUUAAAAAUGAGAGAACUGAGAGGGGAUUAGCAGGAAGGAAGGAAUGUAUGAUUGAUUGGAAAUACUCAGAGGGGAAAGGAUGGGCCAGAAAUUCAACCUACACCCAGAUACCUAACUGUGUAACCAAUGCACCAGAGGUCCGUCUAAUUCUAGGGAGAGGGUUGAGCUGUAUGGAGCUGAUUCAGAUAUAUCUGACAGUUAGUCAGAAAUAUAGCUCGUAUUGUUAAACUUUUAUUCUUAGACAAAUAUAGAUUAUAUUGAGCCUGAUUGAUAUACAUGUGACUGUACGCAUACUGAGUUGUUUUAAAAAUGAAACAACAAAAUUGUUGUCUCUGCCCAUCAAUGUUUGUUUUUCUAAGUAUGGUUGAAAUAUGUUGUUGCCGCUAAACUAUGACGUGAACAUUUUUGCGUGCAGGUAGCUUAGUGACUCAAUGUAUUUUGUUAUGGUCCUAUCAAUGUUGUCAUUUUUAAAAAGUGUUGCCUUUUCCCACCCUUUGCAAUCAAACUGUUGUAUGAAUAACAUUAUAAAUGUUACAGUACGUUUAUAUCAGGCUAUGUUGUCUUUAGUCAGUAUUUAUUCGUUAUAUAUGAUUACUGCAUGUAAGGUUAAAAUUUUAGAAUGGAAUGGAUUAAUAUAUUUUUUAUCUUACAAUCACUUACAUGUUUUGCAUGUUACAUGGUGAAUUUAUUAUUGUGCAAUAUAUCUUUGUCCAAUCAAUGGUGAUAUGUAUCAAUCUGGGAGACACCAUGUAUCUUUAUGUCCAUCUUUAAGCUUCAAUAAGAAAUAAAACAAGCAUUCAUCGAGACUUGGAA